AUGAUGAUUUCUGUCACGACCAAACCGCCAAAAACGUUGAAAACAAAAACCGGGUAUUCAACGCAUCUCAUCUUGUUGGGGUGCAGCAAUUCAACUCAAAAUGGUGUUAAACAUCCCACAAUUAUGCCACAAGUAAAGUGCAGCAUUAAACUAGAAAAGGAACACGCCGGGAGCGAUGUAUCCGCCUCGCAGCAGCAACCCAAUCGGUGCAGGAUAAGCGUCCGGCUCAAGCGACCGAACCCACUGUUCGAAAUGUGGUUAGAAGAAAUGAUAGCCAAAGCGGAAGAAAAGAACACGAUGGGUAAGAUGGCGCUCCAGAAAGCACUCACCUCCUUGCGGCGCUAUCCGCUUCCGCUGGCAACGGGCCGGGACUGUAUAGCGUUGAUGGAUUUCGGCAAAACGAUCUGCGAAAAUCUCGAUCGCAGGCUGAAGGCGUACCUUGCUAGCGGUGGACGGGUAGUGUCCGAUCAUACGCCAUCAAUUGAGGCUCUCUUGAAUGAUGAGCAAGGAGAACAUUACCGGGAACUUACGCGCACAGUGCGGCGAGAACGUGAGGAAGAGGUUAUGGUGGUUGCCGAGGAAACAGAACCCAUCGAGGAAGCCAUGCCAAAUGAUUCCAUUUUCGAUCAUGUACCCGGUACAGCGGCAGGAGGUGAUGAGUUCGUUCGCAUAACGCACCCGAAAGCGAUCCUGCUGGUAGACACGUGUGAAACGAUCGGCAAAUCGAAAAGUGGUCUAGAUCGAACGCUACAGGAGCUGACGCAGUAUGCCGUGGAGCACGAGGUACGGCGCUUGAGUGUGGGCGAUUUCGCGUGGAUCGUGCGGGACGAUUCGGGCAGGGAGUACUUGCUGCCCUACGUAGUGGAACGCAAGCGCAUGGACGAUCUGGCCAGCAGCAUCAAAGAUGGCCGGUUUCACGAGCAAAAGUUUCGUCUGAUGCAGUGUGGUCUGCCAAAUGUGAUUUACCUGAUUGAGCAUCUCGGGAACAACCGGCAGGUCGGUGUGCCGGAGGGAACGCUUACCCAAGCGGCAAUCAACACGUACGUGCAGGGGUUCACCGUAAAGUACACGGAAAACCAUCACCACACUGUCCUGUACCUUUCGGUGAUGACAAACUUCUUAAACAAUUCGCUUCAGAAUAAACUUUACCUCGACGUUACUAAUCGGCCCGCGACGGAGCACGCUUCCGAAUAUCGCUUCUCCAGUCAAACCGUUCCACUGCUUUCGUUUGAAUAUUUCUACAAACAAUCGUCCAAAACACGCGACACCACCGUGCGGGACACGUUCAUGAAGCAGCUGCUGCAAAUUAAGCUGCUUACGAUCGAGAAGAUAAAUGCCAUCGUGGAGAAGUACCCAACGCCCCAGAGUCUGUUCCGCGCGUACGAACGGUGCCCGAGCGAGACGGAGCGCCAGCGCCUACUGAACCUACCGUACGGACCGACGAAGCGUACGAUCGGCGACAAGCUGAGCAAAAUCAUCUACCAGCUGAUGAUGAGCGAACGGUACACUUCGUGAGCCACCGGAGGUCGCUUGGGACACCCAGCGUAGAGGUAAGAUGAUCAUUUUGCUGCGUUUUGCUGAUGAGACAAUUAGUGACAACUGCAUCUCAAACGUUUUCUACUCCGUUAUGCCGUUCCUGAAGCUAUAGCAUGAACGGUUGGCAGCCAGUCAAUGGGAUAGGAUCUAAAUCCCCUCUGAUGGAUAGACACUCCUGUUACCCUCUAUCCCUCGUUCCAGUUCGUACACAGUAAUAACAUGUAUCAUCACAUAUUAAAACUUGGGUACACGGAGUUGUUCCAACUUCUCGGGCGGACGAGUGUACAUGGCGUAUCAGGAGGGAGAGGGAGAGGGCAACAAGACGCUAAAAAAGCUGUCACGAGGCCUUCCAGAAGCAAUGGGGCCAUGGCGCGGGGCCAAUUGUUCAGCCCCAUGUAUCAAAGGACUAUCAGUUGGCAUUCGAAAAAUUGGAAAUGGACUUCAUGAUAUCGACCAUACGCUGUACUCCAUGAAUGAUGGGCUUAUGAAAAGUAAAUCCCAAUGACUUCCAAAGCUUAUACCGACUAUUGGAUAACUUUUUAGAAGUUUUCAGCCUGUCCGGUCAUUUGUAAACCGCGUCAGAAAAAAAUCUGCUUUACCUUGAUGUCUGCUUUACCUUGAAAAUCCAAGUUCACAAGUGAUUUGUUUUCCGUCGGCAAUCUUCACAUUCGUCACCCAUCGCAGACCUGCAGGAAACCCACAGUUCGCACUCUUAGCGAAGCGGAGCCUUGAAAAAACUGGAUAAUGCCCGGACAUGGAGUAUGAACCUCGUAGUUCCGUCAAUCUGUUAAUCCUGACCUAAUGCCUGCCGCAUCUACACCGUUUGCCACCUCCUGCCAUGCCCUGUCGCUCCUGGAGGACUUCUUCAAAGGAUGUUACAAACUACAUCAUGCUGUUCCCUGUGUAUAAAAUAGCCUUAGCUCUGCAAUGGGACGGAUUCUGAAGCUCAUCUGUAUGGGAUGUUACAGACUCUCUUCAACGACAUGUCGAACUGGCCGACUGGUAACAUGUAU